AGGCAACACCGCAGCCUCUGAAGUUUGAAUCCGUCCGCUCGAGUUUCUGCCGUCAGAACCGGGACUUUUCUGAAUGUACGGUUCAGUUUAGGAAGACUGGACUAUUUUAAUUUAUAUUUUCAGAACCAGAGGUUCGGUUCGUCGCUGUAGAAGCGGUUUCGGUUGAUUAAUUUGAUAAAAGUUUGAGAAACACCGGAAGCGGAGAUAAAAACAAAAAACGGAUGUGUGACAACGACACAUGAGGACUGACUGCAGCUGCUCGGUUCGGACCGUCGAACCCGCCGCUGCUGGACCCGAAUUGUGAGCCUGUUAGACGGAUUAAACCCAACAGAACCGAACCAAAUGGGGACUCAGGGAACCGGACGGAAGAGAUCCACCAAGAAGGAGCGGACCACGGCGGAGGAGGACGCCCUGAACCUGAUAGCCAGAGAGGCCGAGGCCAGGCUAGCAGCGAAGAGGGCGGCCCGAGCAGAGGCCCGGGAGAUCCGGAUGAAGGAGCUGGAGCGGCAGCAGAAAGAGAUCUUUCAGGUGCAGAAGAAAUAUUACGGCCUGAACACCAAGUUAGACGAACGAUCUGACGGCAAAUGGGGAGAUAUUGAGCAGUGGAUGGAAGACAGUGAGAAGUACUCACGGCCUUCACGGAUCCAAACGCUGUCGGACGAAGAUGAGCGGAUGUCGGUGGGAAGCCGCGGCAGCGUCAGGGUGGAGGACAAAGAUUAUCUUGAGAAGGGAUCUCGAGCAGCUUCCGCCCUCACAGCAACCACCCUCACGUCUUUAGGAGGGACGUCCUCCCGGAGAGGGAGCAGAGACACCGCUUUGACUGUGGAUGCCGAGAGCGCCAUACGAGAGAUUAAGGAGAUUCAUGAACUGAAGGAUCAGAUUCAGGAUGUGGAAACCAAGUACAUGCAAAACCUGAAAGAAGCCAAGGAUGCGUUGGCAGAGGUGGAGGAGAAGUACCGUAAGGCCAUGGUGUCCAACGCUCAGCUGGACAACGAGAAGAACAACCUGAUGUACCAGGUGGACACGCUCAAAGACUCGCUGAUGGAGCUGGAGGAGCUGCUGUCCGAGUCGCGUCGGGAAUAUGAAGACAAAGUCAGGGAGUUUGAGCGGGAGAAACACGCCCACGGCGUUCUGCAGUUCCAGUUCAACGAAGUGAAGGAGACGCUGAAGCAAAGUGAAGAACUCCUGAACGAGAUCCGUCAGCUGCGUCUGAAACAGGACGCUUUCGUUAGGGAAAUCUCCGACCUGCAGGAGACGGUGGAGUGGAAGGAUAAAAAGAUUGGGGCGUUAGAGCGACAGAAAGAAUACACAGACGCCGUCCGAGUGGAGCGGGACGAGCUGAGGGAGGAGGUGGUGAAGCUGAAAGAUGUUCUGAAGAAACAUGGAAUCAUCCUUGGACCCGACCUGAGCGUCAACGGGGACGCCGGUGAAGCAGAAGUGGACGAGACCCCCGGAGUGGAACCCGAGUCCCGCUCGGCUCCGGACCCGCAGACGUCUCAGCCAGAAGGGAACGGCAUGCUGGAGAUUCGCCUGAGAAAACUGGUGGACGAGCGCGAAAAAAUGAUAGAGCAGGUAAAGAAACUGAAGGCCCAGCUGGAACAGAAGGCCCAAAAGAACGGCUCAGACUGCGGUUCUAGUCCAGACGGUGAAAUUAUUGAAAACGGAAACGAUCCAAACAUCAUGGAUUUUCAACGAGACUCCAACAGGCACGUGAACGACCUGAAGUUCAAACUGGCCAAGGCGGAACAGGAAGCCACGGCUUUAGAGCAGAACGUGACCCGGCUCGAAGGUCAGGUGACGCGUUACAAAUCUGCAGCAGAGAACGCAGAGAAAGUGGAGGACGAGCUGAAGGCAGAGAAACGCAAGCUGCAGAGAGAGCUGCGAUCGGCGUUGGAUAAGGUCGAGGAGCUCGAGUCGAGUAACAGCCACUUGUGUAAGAGAAUGGAGAAGAUGAAGACCAGCCGUGGUGCAGCUCAGACUCCAUGAGAACCACCGAGCUCCCACUUCAGCUUCUGCUCAUUCAAAAUCGGACAACCACCGGGAAAAGAACCGUCUUUUGGGUUCUCCUUCACCUGCCUGAUUGAAACUUCAGCCUAGUUUUCACCGAGUAGAGGACUUUAUCAAGCAAUGUGCCAUUUUUUGGGUCGUUUUCUCGUCGGAUGGGAGUUCUUCGUGAAGAGAACAUUGAAUGUCUACGUCCUUCCAACAUGGCUGCUCUGUUUUCUGCUGCUUUCCUCCAACGUGGAAGAAUUCAAAACGGAGGCCCGGGAACGUUUGCAUUUUCCCCGUCGAACGUUUCUCCCGUUUGCACCUAAAGCCAAUCUUUUUCUAGCAUCCUGAACUACCCGGUGUUUUAGGAUGAGCAACUCUCUCAGCACUCCCAUCUUCCUGUCACGUAGCCAGCAGCUGACUGAACGUCAAGACUUAAAAUAAAA